AUGUUGCGGAGAAACAUGUUCGGAUUCGAUAUAAACAAGCGAGGUUCCCCAGCUGGAGAAAUCAAGAUACCCGAGACGCAGGGGCUGGUGGUGGCGCUCGUGUACCUGGUGGUAACCAUCCUCUUCCAGCACUUCUACUUCACGCCUGACUCGCCUUGGCUGCUCGAGUACAACGCGGCGCUGGCGUGCAUCUGCUACAUGGCCUUCCUGGGCUUCAUCGACGAUGUGCUCGACAUCCCCUGGCGCGUCAAGCUCGUUCUCCCGUCUAUAGCGGCCCUGCCUCUGCUGAUGGCCUAUUCAGGCCACACCACCAUCGUCAUCCCGAAGCCGCUGCGGCCGCUGGUGGCAGGGCUGGCAGGCGAGGAGGUGGCGGUGUGGGACUUGGGCGUGCUGUACAAGGUCUACAUGGGCAUGCUCGUCGUCUUCUGCUCCAACUCCAUCAACAUUCUCGCGGGAGUGAACGGGCUGGAAGCUGGGCAGACUGCUGUGAUCGCUGCUGCGGUGCUGCUGUUCAACAUAUGGCAGAUAGGCGAGCUGCCAGGCUUUAAGCUGCCACUGCAGCCGGACAUGCAACAGGCGCACCUCUUCUCCAUCUACCUCAUCCUCCCUCUGCUUGCAUGCACACUCGCUCUCCUCGUCUUCAACUGGUAUCCCUCGCAGGUCUUCGUGGGUGACACCUUCACCUACUUUGCUGGAAUGACACUCGCUGUGGUCGGCAUUCUAGGCCACUUCAGUGAGACUCUUCUGUUGCUCUUCCUCCCUCAGGUCAUCAAUUUCAUCUACUCCCUUCCCCAGCUCUUCAAGUUCGUGCCGUGCCCAAGACAUCGCCUGCCCAAGUUUGACCCGGCCACGCACCGCCUGACGGGCAGCAACGAUCUCAACCUGGUCAACCUCUUCCUGCGCCUCUUCGGCCCGUGCACAGAGGAGCACCUCUGCAUCCGCCUGCUGCUCUUCCAGGUACUCUCUGCUCUCCUUUGCUUCUCUGCCCGCCUUGUCCUUCAAGGGUGGUACAAAUGA